AUGUCGUCUUCCCCCAGGUCGCCCCGGAAGUCGACCGAGAGCUUCGAGUUCCUGUCGCCGAACCUACAGCAGAGCCAGUACCCCUUCCCUCAACAUGACUGGACGAACCGCCCCAACUCGACGGGCGGGCGCUAUCAGCCACGUCGCGGCUCCACGGCCAGCUCAAUACAUUCGGUCGGAGGUGUGCUGGACUCCGGCUUCAAAUCGAGCAUGGGCGCCGUCAGGGAACAGAGCAAUAACGCUAUCUCGACGCUGCUCACACCUCCCAUCAUGAGGACGGGCAUGCUUCCCUACACAUCCGCGCAAGCAACGUCCGGCCAUCGCCCGCCAUCCACCAGAGACAUACCCCCUGUGACUCUCACCAACAUAGCCCACGUCGAACCGUCCUCGUUCAACCCGUACCUGUCGCAGAUAGGGAAUCUGUACGAUGCGUUCCAGCGCGCCAAGGCUGAGGCAGAAGCCCAGCAACCGCGGAAAGAUUCGCUGAAGAGAGACGAGCGAUCGGAGAGCGUGGAGCGAGCAUCGACGACCAGCUCGCCUGCAGGAACACCCAGUGGGACACCGAAGCCUAAGCGGCGCACAAGUGGCACAAAGCGUGGCAUGCCUGCCGUCACGCCACUGUCCACGAUACCCAACGUCUACUUCGACGAGAACUUCCAUCUCGAAAACCCGCGAACCUUCGACAUUGUCAGCGAGCGAUCCGAGGUGGUGCGACCCGUGCGCACAGCAAGCAGCGAUGACGUGAAUGAUGUCAAGGUCAUAUCGGAGGCGCUGCAGCCUUCAGGGAGGAAAGCUUUGGCGACAAACGCCAUCUUGCAGGAGAAGCUGUCGUGGUACAUGGACACAGUGGAGGUACACCUUAUAUCGGCCAUUUCUACCGCAUCAACGUCAUUCUUUGCUGCGCUAGGAUCCUUGCGCGAACUCCAAACCGAGGCAGCUGAGUCGGUUGCACAGAUCAAGGAGCUCAGGGAGGACCUGAAAAGACUAGACGAACAAAUGGCCAUAGGGGGUCUGAAAGUCGUCGACAUGAAAAGACGGCGAGAGAAUCUGAGAAGACUGACAGAUGCUGUAGACCAGCUGCAGGCAGUCAUCUACGGCGUGUCACAUUGCGACGAGUCCGUUGAAAGUGGCGAACUCGAAACAGCCAUGGCCAGACUGGAGAUCGUUGAAAGACUAAUAACGGGCGUGCUGGACACUUCGGACGUGAACGUGACCUCGUGGCUGAACACACGACUCCCUCCAAUCAUUGUAGAUUUGCGUGGCCUAAGGGCGCUCGACGGCGUCUUUGAGGGCAUGCACGAGAUGAAAUUCCGCAUAGGGAAAGGAUUCGAAGUACGCUUCCUCGACACGUUACUUGCUGAUCUUCGUGAACACGUCAAGAACGUACCGAGCCGCGAUACGUUAGAGAGAUGGGUUGCUGCAUCGAACAAAGCGCGAGGCACUCCGGCAGCAGCCAAACCAAAGUCAAUGCCUGCAUACCUCAACACCAGUACAGAAUUUCGCUCAGACCUCCGAGCUAAUUUGCACGGUUUGAACGACGCACAGUUUACAAACCAAGCGGCCGCGACGUUUCGAGAGGCUAUAGUCAAAGAGAUGAAGAUCAUCAUUCGAAGAUACUUGCCAAGCUCGACAGAUGACGACGCUGAGUCGAUGACUUCCGUUUCUACAAGAGGAGGCCGAGGGCAUAGUCAACAAGACAAGAACUCCAUAUUGGCGCGCAACUUGCGAGCUAUGGAUGCAGCAGAUGCUGAAGAGUUUUUUACCAACAUCUUCACAGACAUAGGCGAAGCUCUGCGACGACUAAGCACACAAGUCAAAGUCCUUCUUGAUGUCACCAGUGGCGUCUCUACACCACCAGCGUCUGCGGGCGGCUUUAGAUCUCCACCACGAAGUCCGUACAUGGAGAACAUCGAUAGCUAUAUGGGAGCAGGGACCAACGGUCAUCAUGCGCCAAGCUCAAGCGACCUGCAAAUGGAGCUUAUGCAAGCUCUGGAUCUGUCCAGUUUGCUUGGUCAGGCUGUCGAUGCUGCCCAAACCCAGAUCACCAAACUUCUCAGAGUGCGCUCGGAAGCAACGGCCAACUUGCCACUCGAUCGCUUCCUGCGAUACUUUAAGCUCUGCAGACUUUUUGCGGAUGAAUGUGAGGCAGUAUCUGGCCGCUCAGGCACAGCGCUCAAGGGCGCUGUGAACGACCAUAUCAAUAGUUUCGUUCAGAAAUUCUCUGACUUCGAGAAGCAAGAGCUCGCAAAGGCCAUGGACUCCGAUCGCUGGGAACCCAAGGAUUUCGAUGCUUCCGAUACUGAAGUCCUCGCUCGCAUCUUGAAAUCCAUGGAAUCCGAUCCACAAAGCUGGGUAGAAACCGGCGACGUCCUUUCCUCCCUUUCCGAAUCUACAACUACCACGAACGGCAUAAACGGAACCACCGACACGGCACCAAAAGAGAAGCCCAAAACUACAACUCCUGCUAUUGUCGAUGAGGAGAAAUACACAAUCUCCGCAUCCUCGACUUUUGUCCUGCGCGGUAUAGAGCGACACCUAACUUUGCUCUCUCACAUCCCAUCCAUGACAUCCGAGAUCUCGUCCUCUCUCUGCGAAUACAUAAAGCUUUUUAACAGCCGACUCUGCCAACUGAUCCUUGGUGCAGGCGCAAUGGCAACUGCAGGCCUGAAGAAUAUCAAUACCAAGCACCUAGCCAUCGCCUCCCAGACACUGUCGUUCAUUAUCGCCAUAGUACCCUACAUCCGCGAAUGCGCAAGACGACGAAGCAGUGCGCCAACAGCGGGUGGCAAGAGUGUGGGUAUGGAGUUUGAUAACACGAAACGACUGCUUCAAGACCAACAAGUAAGCAUCCACGACAAACUCACCGACAUCCUGAGCGGCAGGGCGACGGUGCAUAUGCGAGCUCUCCGCAAACUCGAAUGGGACGCAGAUGCUGAGGUGAAGCGGGAUGUCAGUGCCGCCAUGGAGUCUCUAACUAAAGACACCGUAACGAUGCACAAGGUCAUCAACAAGUACCUCAACGAGGUGCAGGUCCGCAUGAUUAUGGGUCCCGUCUUCGAAUCGUACCGCGAACAAGUCGGUAAAGUCAUCAAAGAGGCGGCGGUCAAGUCGGCUGGCGGAAAGGCUCGGCUGGUGCGCGAAGCGAAGCUAUUCGAAGCAAAACUCGGGCCCAUUGAUGGUGCUGGCAACGUGGGCAAAUUCCUUAUGCAGCUGGCUGAGGGAAAGCCUGUGGCUCAGCCAGCGGCUGAAGCGGAACCGAAGAAGAGCGAUGAGAAAACGGCAGUACGUGAUGAGACAGAAGGUGGGAAAGCAAAAGAAGGUGCUGAUGCAUCGUGA